UGUGUUACCCAUGUGAGCGACUCGUUGAAUCAGAAGAAACUGUAAAUUAAUGAAUUUUUGUGUGUUUACUCUUCUAAAAGCUUAUUGUAAAUCCUGUGCAAAUUAAGAAAAAGAGGAAGAAAUCGUCAUUAAUUGAAGAAAAGUUUCACGAGAUGGAAGAACCAGAUAACAUUAAUAUUGAAGAAGGAAUGGAGAACAAGAGUGCAAAACAAUCUAAGGAUCCCAAGCGAAAGGCAAAUGACACAGUCUCGGAUGGUGGGGUAUUACGGCCUCUCAAACUGUCCAAAAAGGAGCUAUUCAAAGCCCCCACAGUGGAAGAGCUCAAUCAGCUGAAAGAAGCAGAAAAUCUCUUCCACUGUAGCAUAUUGAAAAUGCAGAUGGAAGAACUGCUGAAAGAAGUGGCCCUUAGUGAGCACAGGAAGAAGCUGGUGGAAUCUUUUGUGCAGGAGGUUACAGAUUCCCUGCAGUCUGUGCCUGAUUCUGAAGUUGUGGAGUUGGAUGAUCUUUCAUGGUUGCCAGGUGUGGAAGUCCCAUUCCUCUUCGCCUCGCUGGAAUCAAAAGGCAAAUUUCACAUGGAGCCUCCUGCAUCAAUUGAUGUGGUAGGCAGUUAUCCACUGGGGACCUGUAUCAAACCCAGAGUCAUUGUGGACUUGGCUGUCACUAUUCCAGCUUCUAUUUUGCACCCGAUGGAUGCCAUUAACCAGCGGUACCCACGAAAGCGAGCGCUGUAUCUGGCUGGCCUAGCGCAGCACCUCUGCUUCUCAGAGUCGGUGGGUUCACUGUGCUACUCAUGUCUCCAUGGCAACCGGCUUCGCCCAGUCCUACUUCUCAAACCCACAGGUAAAGACAGCAGUAAGGUCACGUUGCGGAUUCAUGCCAUUCCUCCUCCGGACUUCCUUAAACCUAGCCGCUUUCAUCCUCGGAAAAACAACAUCAAGACUGAGUGGUUUACAGGUGUUGCCAAUAAGCAGCAAGAGAGCAGUGGGCCCGCUACUCCUCAUUAUAACAGCACAGUUCUUGGAGAUCAUCUCCCACUGUCACAUCUUCAGUUCCUAUCAGCCAUCAGCGCACAGUGUCCUGCUUUUGGAGAUGGUGUCGCCCUCCUCAAAGUGUGGAUGAGACAGAGAGAACUGGACCAGGGUGCAGGUUGUUUUUGCGGCUUCCACGCAUCAAUGUUAAUGGCUUAUCUUCUAUCCACACACAAAGUGGGCAAAACCAUGAAUGCGUACCAGCUGUUCAGGAAUGCACUGCACUUCUUGGCUUCCACAGAUCUGACAGAGAGCGGGAUCACCUUGGCUAGAAACCCAGACUCAAAAGCGCCCUCACUGCAGGACUUCCAGGCAGCAUUCUCCGUGGUCUUUGUGGACCCGUCUGGGCAUCUCAAUCUGCUUGCAGACAUGACAGCUUUUACCUACAAACAGAUCCAGCACGAGGCAUCACUCUCGCUGAAGUUCUGGGAUGAUCCGACUGUAGACAGCUUCCAGGCUCUGCUCAUGACGUCCAAAGCCAUGAUCAGAACAUAUGACAAUGUCUUUCAACUGAGUGGGCUGGUGAAUUUGCAGGCCUCUUGUAAGAAGCUUUCACUCCUCAAUGAGCUCAUGGACCACAGCGGGAACUAUGUCCUAAGUGCACUUCCUUUCAUUUUGUCCCUCUUGCAACGAGGGCUUGGAGAAAGGAUCAACCUUCUGGUACACUCACUCCCUCAAGACCCUGAGUGGCCGGUGGACAGUUCACCUCCUAAGCAUAAGGACCAGCCGCCUUUGAAUAUUGGUUUGAUGCUGAACCUUGAACAAGCUCUCUCUGUUCUUGAGAGAGGACCGCCAGCAGAUAACCCCAAGGCAGAUGAGUUUAGGCAGCUGUGGGGCUCUCGCUCAGAGUUGCGGCGCUUCCAGGACGGAUCCAUCACUGAGGCAGUGCUGUGGUCAGGGAGCUCCACCUGUCAGAGAAGAUUCAUUCUGCUGGAGAUCAUCACUCACCUACUACAGCUUCAUGCCGAUAUCCCUGAAUCAUGUGUGAGACUUGUGGGUGGACAGCUGGAUGAUGUCAUCAAAAUUAGCAAAGAGAUGGGCACUACAGGAGAGGAGGAGAGUCUGAAGGUGGUUCAGUCUUAUGAUGACCUGAGCAGGAAGCUCUGGCAGUUGGAGGGGCUGCCACUGUCUAUAACAUCCGUGCAGGGUGCCCACCAGGCCUUGAGAUACACACAGGUUUUCCCUCCAGUUCCUGUGAAGCUGCUCUAUUCCUUUUUUGACAGAAAGAAGAACCAGCUCGGCUUAGUGCCACGGAAGGAAAAACCUUGCCCUUGUUACAUCACCCCUAUCAAAGUCAUUGUUCAUUUGGAGGGAAGUGGAAAAUGGCCCAGUGAGCACCUGGCAAUACGCCACAUCAAGGCAGCUUUUCACAUCAGCUUGGGAGAACUGCUUUGCAAGCAACACAAUUACAAAUGUCAUGCAACACCUGCCUACCUGGAUGUGUGUAAGGAUGGGCUAGCCUUCCGAAUCCAGGUGGCAUAUCACAGAGAACCGCAGAUCCUGAGGGAAAGCCUGACCCCUGAGGGAAUGCUGAUCUACAGGGAAAACGCUGAGGCCCAGGCACUGGAGCUGGAGACUCAGCAUAAACCUUUCCUAACCAGCACCUUGCAUGGGCUCCAGCAGCAGCUUGGGUGUUUUGGUGUCGUGUGCCGCCUGGCUAAGCGUUGGCUGGCAUCUCAGUUCCUUUUGGAAUAUAUCCAAGAGGAAGCAGCUGACCUGUUGGUGGCGUCACUUUUCCUACAUCCUGCACCCUUCACUCCACCAAGCUCUCCUCAGGUGGGGUUCCUUCGCUUCCUUCAUUUGCUUUCCACUUUUGACUGGAAAAACAAUCCCCUUAUAGUCAACCUCAAUGGCAAACUCACAGCUGCUGACCACACAGAUAUAAAGAAUGACUUUGUGGCCUCUAGAGAAUCUCUUCCCACCAUGUUCAUAGCCACUCCCACUGACAAGAAACUCUCUGUGUGGACUAAAAAGACGCCUUCUGUGCAGAUGCUUCAGCGUGCUGUCAUGCUUGCAGCAGAGAGUUUGCGUGUUUUGGAGACUCAUCUUAUUGACUCCAGUCAAAAGCAGGACAUCCGGGUGGCAUUUCGACCUCCUCUGGAGGAUUAUGAUGUUCUGAUCCACCUCGUUCCACAGCAGGUUCCUCUGUUAGCUAAAGCUGUGGAUCCUCCUGCCAUCACCUUCCAAAACGGCACCUUUAGAGGCGAGCCAUCCGCCUCAGGAGGAGCUCUGCCAGUUAUAGACUAUGAUCCGGCCCGACUGUAUCUCUCUGAACUCAGGGAUGCAUUUGGAGAUCUGGCUCUGUUUUUUUAUGACCCAUUUGGUGGAACCGUGAUCGGAGUGCUGUGGAAGCCAACUGCCUUCAAGCCGCAACCCUUCAAGACAUCUUUAAUGAAUGCCCGCCGUGUGGAGGUGAACGGAGAUGUGGCAACCACCAUGCCAAACAUAGAGGCCAUCCUGCAGGAUUUCCGCAUCAUCGGGGAGGGUCUCGUCAAAAAAUUGGAACUAAGGACAGAAAAAUGGGCUGUCUAGGAUCUGGCAGUAGUUUCUGUGGAAAUAAAUGUUUAUCUGGAUAUAUUCUGUGUGUUUACUUGUAACAUUUCAUAUGCUUGAAUUCCUUAGAUUAAAUUCUCAGUGUCUUCCUUUUAAAAACAUUGUUCUUCUGUAUUAUUUUAAUUUAGUAAAAACAAGAUAAUUUGUUCCUUUUAUACAAUGGAUGACCCAAUUUUAUAUGUGAAUGUGGCUCUGUAAACAAAUGGAAAACCAUAUUAUGUAAAACUGAAUGUAUUAAAACAUUUAAAUUUACCUCAGAAUCAAAAGGUAAAAAAAAAUUAUUGCAUGAAAUGUAGGACCAUAUGACUAAUUCUUCAUAUUUUAGGAACUAGUUAUUUUUACUGUGACAUCAUGGCAGUAACACAUUUCCUCCCAAAUACUUGUUGCUGUGCUGUGGAAAAUUAAAGAACAUGUUGUAGUAUUUGUUGUUC